CCAGAUCCGGCCACCUUAAGGGAGAAACACCAUGCUUUCUCUAGCUCUGUUUCACCUUUUAGCUGUAAUGUGUUCUGCAACAUGGACACAUGCUCUGCCCCUUUAUCCAGGACCCAACGUGGAGCCACAGGCAGAUUUCAUUCAGAAGUUGGUGUCAGAGGUGGAAGAUGGAGCCAACGCUGCAGUGGAGGAGCAAGGAGAAGUGAAUAACCUUUAUCCUCUAUUGAUGCACCAGAAUGGAGGGAGAGACUCCUGGAAUAAAGGGGCAAAGGAUUUGCCACCGCAGGGAAAUUUUGCGAAUGUGGUGGAGGACCUUAAGAAAGUGGUCCUGCAGCUGGCUGCAGCCGACAAGCUGCGCUCUCAGGGCUUCAUCAGAUCAGAGCAGAGUCUGCCAAAAACAAACAAAAGAGCGUGUUUCUGGAAAUACUGUGUGACCAACUAGAGCCCAGCAGGCGGAGGUCAGAG